GCAGCGGCCCCGAGCCGGCUCCGGCCGAGCGGGGCCGCCGCUCCGGCAGCCGCUGCCCUCGGGGCCCGCCGCUGACACCCUCCGUGCCUGCGCUCCCGGCAGCUGCCCCUGCACAGCCCUCGCCUCCCCGCCGCGCUCUGCCCUGCGCUGAGCCAGCCCAGCUGCAGCUGCACGUCCUGACUGCGCGAUCCUGAGAUGGGACAGGACAAUUGCAAUCCCCAGCCCGGCGACCUGAUUGAGAUCGACCGGACAGGUUACCAGCACUGGGCCCUGUACGUGGGGGAUGGCUAUGUCAUCCACGUGACAGAUGAAGGAGCCACAUCCUUUACGCUUAGCAGCUCUUCAAUACGUGCCACAACGGCCAAGGUGAAGAAGGAGAUCCUGAAGGAUGUGGUGGGAAAUGAUAAAUGGCGUGUCAACAACAAGUAUGACCGCUACUGCACUCCUCACCCUGUGGAGGAGAUCAUCCGGCGUGCUGAGAAAUGGAUUGACAAGGAGGUGCCAUAUGAUGUGCUUAACAGGAACUGUGAGCACUUUGUGACAAUGCUCCGCUACCGAAAAGGAGUCUCUGAGCAGGCCACAAAAGCAGUUAGCAGUGCUGCAGCUGGUGUAGCAGCUGGGGUUGCUGCUAGUGAACUGGGUCUGCCUGCUGUUGGUGUUGCUGCUGUUGCUGGCUUUGCUGUUAUUACUGGUCUUGCUGCUGCUGCUGCUGGUGUUGCUCUUCUUAGGAUGACGUUGUACAGGAGCGCGUCCAGGAGAUAGUGAUAUUGAUGGGCUGUCAGGAAGAGCUCAGAACAAGGCUGGGGGGAUCUCCUGGAAACCGCAGUCACUGGUCAGCUUUUGCUACACAUCCCUACAAGCCUUCCUAGGAACUGUGCCACCCUUGCUGUAAACAUUAAAUAAGCCUUAAUAAAAUAUCUGAAAUCCA